GUCCUCCCCUCUGAUUGGCCGACGCGCUGACGUGGCCCGUGCGUAGACGCUUCCUCAGGUCGAGUCUUCUCGCAGCAGAUCAGAAGAUGUUGGUCCUGGUGCUAGGUGACCUGCACAUCCCCCACCGGUGCAACACGCUGCCAGCCAAGUUCAAGAAGCUGUUGGUCCCGGGGAAGAUCCAACACAUCCUCUGCACGGGGAACCUCUGCACCAAGGAGAGCUAUGACUACCUGAAGACGCUCGCUGGAGACGUCCACAUAGUGCGAGGGGACUUCGACGAGAACCUGAACUACCCGGAGCAGAAGGUGGUGACAGUGGGCCAGUUUAAGAUCGGCCUGAUCCACGGCCACCAGGUGAUUCCCUGGGGCGACAUGGCGAGCCUGGCGCUGCUGCAGAGACAGCUGGACGUGGACAUCCUCAUCUCCGGCCACACGCACAAGUUCGAGGCGUUUGAGAACGAGAACAAGUUCUACAUCAACCCCGGCUCGGCCACAGGAGCCUACAGCGCACUGGAAAGCAACAUCAUCCCCUCCUUCGUAUUAAUGGACAUCCAGGCCUCCACUGUGGUGACGUACGUGUAUCAGCUGAUCGGCGACGACGUGAAGGUCGAGAGAAUCGAGUACAAGAAAUCUUAAAGACGUCAUGAGGAGAAAAGUUGGGUUAACGUGGCUCAGUUUCGCAUUUCAUUCCUUUUUCUAACGGGGAGACGGGGGUGAAGGCCACCCCACGCCUCCGACCCCUCCCCCCCUCCCUUCCCCCCCGCCCGCAGUCACCACGAUGUUAAUCCAAACUUUACUCUAAAAGAGCUGUGUAUUAUAUUGUUUAUAUGUCAUCAGCAGUUGCUUGAUUUCCAAGCUGUCAUCUGGUCGCUGUCGAGAUGCAAUAACAUCACAUGUAUUUGUUAUCAAAAGAAAUAUUUGGUGCCAUUUUCUGUCUUUGAUUGUCUUUUUGUUUUUUUCACCCCUCGUGUCCUGUUCAUGUAACCAACGGGACUUUAGCUUCGUGUAGUCGAUCAUCAGUCUGUUGUUCCCCACAAUAAAGAUCUAAUUUCA